AUGAACGGUCGUGGCUUAAAAUCUCUGAGCCGCCGGCGUGUGUCAUGUAAAGCGUUGGGACGUGGCGACUGCGAGGGCUGGCUCUGGAGGAAGAGGGACGCUAAAGGAUACUUCUCCCAGAAGUGGAAGAAAUACUGGUUUGUGCUCAAGGACAACUGCCUCUACUGGUACAUCAACGAGGAGGACGAGAAAGCUGAAGGUUUUGUCAGUCUUCCAGAGUUCAAGAUUGACCGAGCCAGUGAAUGUCGGAAGAAAUAUGCAUUCAAAGCAUGCCACCCCAAGGUCAAGAGCUUCUAUUUUGCGGCAGACGGAGUGGACGAUAUGAACAGAUGGCUGAGCAGACUCAACAUGGCGGCUGUGGGCUACGCAGAGAGAGAGAGAAUACGCCAGGAGCAAGUCCUGAACAGAUAA